AUGCUGCACAGUAAUCUUGGCUUCGCUCUGCUGCUCCUCACAGGAUGCCUUUCCUUUAUCCAAGGCGAACAGUUUCCGCAGUGUGCAAAUGCAGCUUUCGAUACCUUUGUCAUGGCAAUUGACGACUGUGCUUCGUACAUUUAUUGCAAUGGAGAGGAUUCCUUCCGGGAUAGUUGUCCGGAGUCCACCUACUUUGACGACCGGACCCAGGAGUGCGCCUUCGAUGAUGAGGGCGUCUGUCUCAGGAACUCUGUUUCUGGCUUAACGGAGGAGGAACCAAAUCAGCAGUUUACUGAGGAAGAGGAGGAGGAGGACAGAAACAGUAGCACCACUCCAUCUCCCACUCCACCUGCUCAAUAUGCCUCGACAACCUCUACAGAUUCUUCCACAUCGUCUUCAGAUAUUUCUACGCCUUCUUCGGUUAUUUCUACACCCUCUGCAGAAUCUUCCCCACCCUCUCCAGCUCCUCAGACAUCUUCGCCAGCUCCCAAACCAUCUUCUCCAACUUCUACGGACAGGCCACACUGCGAUUCAUCCGGAGAUGGUGAUCAUCCUCAUCCCCAGCGCUGCGAGUACUUCUACAGGUGCCUCAGUGGCUAUCUGACUAUCGUGCGAUGUCCUUACAAAUAUGGCUGGGAUUAUUCCACAAAGCAAUGCAAGCCGUUGGCCGAGGCUCAGUGCUUUAGUUUUAGCUCCUAG